UGCAAGUAGGAAAUAAUACCUUCGUAUGGAGCUAAGACAGACUAACCUCAAAUAUGGUCUGCAACGCGCGUAACUAUACAGUAACAGAUGUAUUAAAGCACUCAAAAACGUGUCCACCGAAAUGUUUAUAAAUAAUUCCGUCGACAUUUAUUUCGCACUCAUUCAUACUAACGAGAUAAACUAGAAUUAUCUAAACAAGCGUGAGAUAGCGUAGUGUCACCGAGUGUUACGAGCGGUGUAGUCGCUAGCCGGCAGUCGCAGCUCGCUCGUCAGCCAUGCCGGACGCAGAAACUAUCCUCCGUGACCUCCUCCACAAAGCGUUCGGCGGCGCGGACGUCCACGUGAAAGCGAUCACCAGCGGCGGCGCCAACUACACCUCCGCGCUCUACACCGUCACCGUGCCGCAGAAUGGACAGGCACUCAAACUAUUCGGUAAAGUCGCCAUCAUCGGCGAAAAGAUGAGAGCGGUCAUGAACGCCGAAAACCUCUACAGCACAGAGCAAUACAUUUACACCAAAAUACAGAAAGUAUUCCACGAAUUGCAAGAGAAACAUGACAUACCACAGAAAUACAGGUUUGUUUUCCCGAAAUUUUACGGAUGCACGGCUGAAUUAGGCUCCGAGACGAUACUGCUGGAAGAUCUGACCAUACGAGGGUUUGGAGCUUACGACAGACUACAAUCUGUGGAUUGGGAGCAUGCCGCGAGCUCUGUGACGGCGAUGGCGCGUUUCCAUGCGUUGUCGUUCGCGUACAAGAAUGAAUAUCCAGAAGAUUAUGAGGAAGCUACUAAAAGAUUAAUGCACAAAUAUGAUGCUCCGGAAGACGAGAGCUCCUUGAAAGUGUGGGAGAAGAUAAUUGGCGGGGCCUUGAGGUGUAGUGGACGACGAGACAACUCGCGACAAGCUGGCGCGACUUCUCACCACGGAGAAUGCUUCCGAAGAAUUUGCUAAGUACAAAAUGCCUCUAAGUGUUGUGGUGUUGACGCACGGUGACUACAAGGCCCAG